CCCGCCUCCGCCUAAAAAGUUGUCGAGGUCGGGGGAUCUUCGGCGCUGCCUUUACAAACACCCAGUCCUGCCACCUUACGGAAGUAGAUCAGUCCAAUCGUCAAAGCGAUCGCGCUCAUAGAGUAUUCACAGCUUUUUAUUGUUUGAAUGGAAACCCAAAGAGUUAUUUUCUGGGCAACCUAACUUAGGCCGCACAGUAUGUGGCAAAUAGUUCUCCAAGUUAGAUUUAAAAUUACGGGUUUUGUCUCCUUAAGGACCACGGACGCUGACGAGCUAUACCUAACUGCACUCGCGCGUCCCAUUGGUCGGCUCUGGGGUGCUCUGGCCAAUCACGCGUCAUCUAUCUCUCUGCAACAGGUUUUCAAAAAUAAACGGCGGUUUCUUCGUCGACCCAAACACAAACAAACCAACUGUGAUUGAAUUGUUGAAAACAGGUGCAGGUUAUGUUUAGCUGUUUAGCUUCUCUAAAACAUAAACAUGAUUUAUAAAUUAAAUGAUUUUGAGGUGCUGGAACUCAUUGGUAGUGGCUCAUUUGGAUCAUGCUAUAAAGUUCGUAACAAGCAUACUCAUGAAGUUCUUGUAUGGAAAGUCAUUGAGUAUGGAUGCCUGCCAGAAGAAAAGAAACAGCUGCUUGUCACGGAAGUUACUCUUCUCAGAGAUUUAAGACAUCCUCAUAUCGUCAGAUACUUUGACAGGAUUGUUUGCAAAGAAACCAAACAGUUAUAUAUAUUGAUUGAGUACUGUCCUGGCGGUGAUUUGGCCACAGUCAUCAAGACAUGCAUCAAAAGUAAUAAUCAUAUAGAGGAACGUUUUGUUUGGAGAGUACUCCAUCAACUGAUUAGUGCACUCCAAACAUGCCAUUCCUGGAUAUCUAGCACAAUAAUCUUACAUCGAGAUAUCAAGCCUGCUAAUGUUUUCCUGGAUGGUGCUGGAAAUGUGAAAUUAGGAGAUUUUGGCUUAGCCUGCAAACUAGAUGCUGAUCAACCAGGGUGCAUUGAAACUAUGGAGGUGAUGAAAGGUGAAAUGUACAACACCAAGUCUGAUGUUUGGUCUCUAGGAUGUUUAAUUUAUGAGCUAUGUACUCUAAAACCUCCAUUUCAUGCACAGAAUAUCAAGGAACUUGCUUCUAAAGUGAGCACGGGAAGAUUUGAACGAAUUCCACCACAUUACUCAGACAGCUUGCAAAGAGUUUUAAAUAGUUUACUACUUGUAAAUCAAGAGCAACGACCUUCAAUCUUUGAUUUAAUAUGCCAUCCUGUCAUUGUGUCACACUCACCACCAGAAUCUCAGAAAUACACAAAGAGAUCAGUACCAACAACUCUUGUAAGCACCAAGGCCCCACCACCCAGCCCUGCAGAUCGAGAACCUGAGAAGGUCAGCAAAGAUACUUUUCAAAAUGAAUGGCUGGCACGUCUUCAAAGUCUCAGAGAUCGGGAGGCUGCACUAAGAAACCGGGAGCUUCUACUGGAGGAGAAGGAGCAUGCCCUGAGCCGCAGAGAACAUAGAGUAGCUUUAAUGGAAAGGACAGUCCGAGAUAAAAUGGUUCUUGCUGAGGUCUACUUGAAACGUAGUAGAGAGAAUCGAUCUGGUCCACCUUGUCAACCUCGUAAAAACCAACACCAAGAAUGCAAAAGUGUUGACGAAUCGUUCAGUGCUGAUGCUGGCGACACAAGUGUGAUGCCAACAUCUGCUCUUCUAGAUCCCUCUCAAGUGUCAAAACCUUUAAAUUUCACCAGCAGGCAUGAAACUUUCCCUGUUCCCCUGGAUCGACGAGUCCACUUCGAUGAUAGAGUGGAGAUGGCCAAUAAACCAAUUGUUAGCUCCAAGCCUUCCUUUGUAAAGGUAGCAGAGGCUAUAAGGAGCAACAAAGCGGAAAUUGGUUGUCAACCAAAGCCAAGAACACAUCAAAAAGUUUUAAAUCUUCCCGGCUAUACUGGACCAGCUAUUACAGUUGAUGUACCAUAUUUGGAGAGCGAUUUUCCCCUACAUGCAACUAAUUCAUUUAAGUCUGAAAAUCGUCAGACCACCAGCCCUUCUGUUAAGCUUACUGUGCUAUUUGAUGAUCGGAAAGAAUUACAAAAAGCUGUUAACAGAAUUGAUGCUUUAAAUUUGGAAUCACAUUCUGAUUUAGUUGAUGAUGAUUAUGACAAAUCAAUGUACAACAAGGACACAUUGCCAAAACAUUCUCAAGAACAAAGGUUCAAUGUACCUGUCAACAACUUUCAAGAUAAAAGAAAUAUAGCUGCUUCUGUAGAUUCACUUUUGGAUACUAAGCACUCAUCCACCAACAUUGGGACAGCAACAUACACCAGAGAAGUUAUGUUCCCUAACGAUGUAGUUUUGAAAAAAAAUGCUUUUGGUGGAAGUGCACGGCGCAGGAGGAAGUCUAGCUGUCGUUCAAGCACUCCUGUAUCUUCUGAAUCCAAGUUUAUGGUGCCAAAUAGCAGGGAAAAUAUUGAAAAUGCUAAAAAUAAUGCCUUGUUGCAUUAUCAGAAAGAAAGUAUGAAGAUGGACUCUGGUUUCAGCCAUAGGAAAUCUAUUCCUUUGGAGAAAGGAAAAGAGAACUUACCCUGCAAAGAUGCUCCACCUCUUCCAAGGAAAACUGUUGCUACAUCCCUCUUGGCUCUUCCAUCAACUGCAGCUGCUGCAGCUUCAGCAGUUGUAUCAAGAAGCAAGAAAUCUUACAUCUCCUCCUUUCGAUAGAUUCAUGCAUCUGAAUUUUAUCAAAAUCAAACUGAUACAUAGAUUAUUUUGCACUUAAAAAAGUGAAUGUUUGAGUUAUGCAUUUUGCCUUAUUGUUCCUCUAGAUGUAGAAUAUUUUAGUGUGUGGUUGGUGUCGCCUAUUGUGCCUACCUUUACUGUUAAGAUAGAAUGGUGUUAUUCACCAUAUAUAUUUAAUGAUGUUGCAUAUUACAAUUUUACUUUUAGUUUGUGUUAAAGUACUUUUUUUCUGCAUGAAGUUAUUUUCUUAUGUUUUAACACAGAAAUGAAAUGUUUAUUCUUUUUGUUUUGCGUAAUAUAGCAAAUUUAAAUAUGCCUACUUCUCAAUUUGGAGAUCCCCUCUAAAAAGACGCUUAUUUUGUUUUGUUUUAAUUUUGUUCAUGUGAUAUUUAACUUGUGCCACUAUUCUGGAAUUUUGUGGAUGUGAAGUCAACACUUAAAUGAAUUUUUGAGAUUAGUUUGAAUCUUUACAGACAUGUGCCAUAGCCCUAUUUUGUUUUUUCUUGUAUAUUCUAGAUUUAAGUUUCAUUUUAUUGGAAACUUAUUGAUUUAUUGGUACCAUAACACUCUGUUUUAUGCAAAUGAUAGUCUAAUUUAAGAAAAUAAGUCUUGUUUUGACUUAGAAGUGCAUGUUAGCAACAACUUUUAACUUGGAAAGAGUUUAAGAGAGGGAGAGUUGAAAUUGCUUCCUAGGAACUUGAAUAAAAAAUUGAUCCGGA